AUGGCCGGCAACGUGAAAAAGAGCUCUGGGGCCGGGGGCGGCGGCGGCUCCGGGGGCUCCGGCGGCCUGAUCGGGCUCAUGAAGGACGCCUUCCAGCCGCACCACCACCACCACCACCUCAGCCCCCACCCGCCGGGGACCGUGGACAAGAAGAUGGUGGAGAAGUGCUGGAAGCUCAUGGACAAGGUGGUGCGGUUGUGUCAGAACCCAAAGCUGGCGCUAAAGAAUAGCCCACCUUAUAUCUUAGACCUGCUGCCAGAUACCUACCAGCAUCUCCGCACUAUCUUGUCAAGAUAUGAGGGGAAGAUGGAGACACUUGGAGAAAAUGAGUAUUUUAGGGUGUUCAUGGAGAAUUUGAUGAAGAAAACUAAGCAGACCAUAAGCCUCUUCAAGGAGGGGAAAGAAAGAAUGUAUGAGGAGAAUUCUCAGCCUAGGCGAAACCUGACCAAACUGUCCCUGAUCUUCAGCCACAUGCUGGCAGAACUAAAAGGAAUCUUCCCAAGUGGACUUUUUCAAGGAGACACGUUUCGGAUUACUAAAGCAGAUGCUGCAGAAUUUUGGAGGAAAGCUUUUGGGGAAAAGACAAUAGUCCCUUGGAAGAGCUUCAGACAGGCCCUUCAUGAAGUACAUCCCAUCAGUUCUGGGCUGGAGGCCAUGGCUCUGAAAUCCACUAUUGAUCUGACCUGCAAUGAUUAUAUUUCAGUUUUUGAAUUCGACAUCUUUACAAGACUCUUUCAGCCCUGGUCCUCUUUGCUGAGGAACUGGAAUAGCCUUGCUGUAACUCAUCCUGGUUACAUGGCUUUCCUGACAUAUGAUGAAGUGAAAGCACGACUCCAGAAAUUCAUUCACAAACCUGGCAGUUACAUUUUCCGGCUGAGCUGUACCCGUCUGGGUCAGUGGGCUAUUGGGUAUGUCACUGCUGAUGGGAACAUUCUCCAGACAAUCCCUCACAAUAAACCUCUCUUCCAAGCGCUGAUUGAUGGCUUCAGGGAAGGCUUCUAUUUGUUUCCUGAUGGACGGAAUCAGAAUCCCGACCUGACAGGCUUAUGUGAACCAACUCCUCAAGACCACAUCAAAGUGACCCAGGAGCAAUAUGAAUUAUACUGUGAGAUGGGCUCCACAUUCCAACUGUGUAAAAUAUGUGCUGAGAAUGACAAAGAUGUGAAGAUUGAGCCCUGUGGCCACCUCAUGUGCACAUCCUGUCUAACAUCCUGGCAGGAAUCAGAAGGCCAGGGCUGUCCUUUCUGCCGAUGUGAAAUUAAAGGUACUGAGCCCAUUGUGGUUGAUCCCUUUGAUCCUAGAGGAAGUGGCAGCCUGUUGAGGCAAGGAGCAGAGGGAGCUCCCUCCCCAAAUUAUGAUGAUGAUGAUGAUGAACGAGCUGAUGAUUCUCUCUUCAUGAUGAAGGAAUUGGCUGGUGCCAAGGUGGAACGACCUCCUUCUCCAUUCUCCAUGGCCCCACAAGCUUCCCUUCCCCCAGUGCCACCACGACUUGACCUUCUACAGCAGCGAAUAUGUAUCCCUUCAAGUGCUUCUGGUCUUGGAACUGCUUCUAAGGCUCCUUCUGGCUCUCUUCAUAAGGACAAACCAUUACCAAUACCUCCCACUCUUCGAGAUCUUCCACCACCACCCCCUCCAGACCGGCCGUAUUCUGGUGGAGCAGAAACCCGGCCUCAGAGACGCCCCUUGCCUUGUACACCGGGCGACUGUCCUUCCAGAGACAAACUGCCCCCUGUCCCCUCUGGCCGCAUUGGAGAAACGUCAUGGCUGCAUCGGCCAGUCCCCAAAGUACCAGUAGUUGCCCCAAAUCCUAGUGACCCCUGGACAGGGAGAGAAUUAACCAACCGGCAUUCACUUCCGUUUUCAUUGCCCUCACAAAUGGAACCCAGAACCGAUACGCCUAGGCUCGGAAGCACAUUCAAUCUGGAUACCUCCAUGAAUAUGAAUAGCAGCCCAUUAGCAGGUGCAGAGUGUGAGCAUCCCAAAAUCAAACCUUCCGCGUCUGCCAAUGCCAUUUAUUCUCUGGCUGCCAGACCUCUUCCUGUGCCAAAGCUGCCCCCUGGGGAGCAGUGUGAAAGUGAAGAGGACACAGAGUAUAUGACUCCUUCCUCUAGGCCCGUGGGACUUCAAAAGCCAGAAGUGAAGUGGCCUCCGGAGAUAACGCAGAGUUCACGAACGUGUGACUGUGACCAGCAGAUCGAUAGCUGCACGUACGAAGCCAUGUAUAAUAUUCAGUCCCAGGUGGCGCCGUCUGUCACAGAGAGUGGUACCUUUGGUGACGGGAAUUUGGCUGCAGCCCAUGCCAACACUGGCCCUGAGGAGUCAGAAAAUGAAGAGGACGGGUAUGAUGUCCCCAAGCCACCCGUGCCUGCGGUGCUGGCCCGCCGCACGCUCUCCGACAUCUCCAACGCCAGUUCCUCCUUUGGCUGGCUGUCCCUGGAAGGUGAUCCCCCAACACACGUCACUGAGAGUGCACAGGUUCCUGAGAGGCCACCCAAGCCGUUCCCUCGGAGAAUCAACUCUGAACGGAAAGCAGGCAGCUGUCAGCAGAGCAGUGCUGCCGCCUCAGCCGCCGCCUCCCCGCAGCUCUCCAGCGAGAUCGAGAGCCUCCUGAGUCAGGGCUACUCCUAUCAGGACAUUCAGAAAGCCUUGGUCAUUGCCCACAACAACAUUGAAAUGGCCAAAAACAUCCUCCGGGAAUUCGUUUCUAUUUCUUCUCCAGCCCACGUGGCCACCUAGCACACCCCCUCCCUGCUGCAGC